ACUCGUGCUAGUAUGGGUACCAAACUGAAUACACAACCGUACACGUACACGUACACAACAAUGAUUUCUUUUUACUCUGCCGUAGUGCCAAGUUGAUGCAUCAUAAACAAUUCUAACAAAAUGCCUCCAAAGAAGGGCAAAGGUAAAAAGGGCAAAAAAACAAAGAAAGCCGAUGGUGAGGAAGAUUUUGAAGCUCCUGAACCAACAGAAAAGGAGAAUUUAUUGAAAGCAGAGUUGGAUUCACUGACUGAACAACUGGCAAGCAUCAAGAAGAAAGUAGAGGAACUUCGCAAAGAGAAUGAAUGGCUCCAGCAAGAAGCACACCAAACAAGAGUGGAAAGUCAUGAAUACAUGUCUUAUAUGUCCAAGAAGGCCCACAAACGCCAAACGACCAUCGUGACCUUGAGCGAUCAGAACCAGCAAGAAAUCCGCAUGAUCAACGAGCAGAAAGAACAAAUGCUAGAGGAGUACGAAGAAAAGAAGAGAGUUCUAAGGGAUUCACUAAUGGAGAAGGAGGCGGAGCUUGCUAAAACAAGGAAGGAGCUGGAUGACCUAGAGGAGUAUAAGCGAUUGCAAGAGGAGCAAGUGCGGCGGAUACGAGACCUGGAGAAGGAGGUCUUAAGGAUGCGAGGCAAGCAUACAGAGACAAUACAGAAGCUGAAGUCUCAGUUCCUGAAGGAGAAGAGAGAGUACCAGGGGGAGUCGGAGGCCAAGAUACAGGAGGUUGGCAAGCAGGCAAACAGGGAGGCAAUGCACUGUCUUCAGGAGCACACCACCCGCAUCAAGUCCGAGAACAGGGAGCUCCGGCAGGAACUCCUGAAGUUGAUCCAGAAGUCGCGGGCUCUGAACGAGCACAAGGCCCAGCUGGAAGAGCAGCGCAAGGAAUUGCUGCGAGAGCAGCAAUACGCAGCUGACCUGAAGAGGUUGCACACCACCAGGCAGCAUAAGGUACUCAAGGCAUUCGAGAUGCUGGAUGAGGGGGAGCUGUGACAGGACAGUGGCGAAUGAAUCAAGGCCUGAAUCGAGGCCUGAAUCGAGGCCUGAAUCAAGGCCUGAAUCGAGGCCUGAAUCGAGGCCUGAAUCAAGGCCUGAAUCAAGGCCUGAAUCAAGGCCUGAAUCAAGGCCUGAAUCAAGGCCUGAAUCAAGGCCUGAAUCAAGGCCUGAAUCAAGGCCUGAAAUUCUCCAAGCCUGUGUCAACCUGAACUUAUAAUACCCAACAUGACAUGGCACGAGUGGUGUAGGGAUGUGCUCGUUCUUUGGCAGUUUUAUUGAAUUGCACACCUAGAUGUUAUCCUCCUUCCCAGGAUUUGCUCCAUCUAAGAUGCACAGAUUGUUAAUCCCUGAGGGGCAAAAUCCCUGCCCCUGGGGCAGCCUCUCUGCAUAUUGUGAGUGAAUCCUUGUCUCCACAAAUUCUGUCAAGGCUAAAGCUCAUUUAUUGCUGUCUACGUUAUUCCAUCCAAUUUAAUUCAUUUCCCCCACUGUUUCUACAAACUCAUUCCAGACCACAGCGAAGACUUACUUCAUUACUUGCUGUUGGCGUGAUUCCAUCCUAUUUAGUAUUGGUCAUUUUUUAAAUCCAAGGGAUUGUACAUGUAUUUUAUUGUAAAUAUUUCAUCACGUUUUGGCUUACCAGAAGCAGAUAUUACUUGACAAUAAACAAACAAAUGACGAAUGAAAAAGAA